AUGACGAUUUAUCACAUUGUAAUGUUCAAAUUCAAGGCACUUGUGCCGGCUGAUGAAGUCGACGCUGCGUGCCAGCGUAUGCUGGCCCUCAAGACAAACUGCAAGCAUCCGGAAUCGAAGGAAGAAUAUGUCAAGGUCUCAGUAGGAGGUCUUAAUAACAGCCCUGAAAAUGCAGCGAAUGGCUUUACGCACGCUUUCAUCAGCCAAUUUGACAAUGAGAAGGAUCGGACCUACUAUCUUGAGGGAGAUCCAGCCCACCUGAGCUUUGUGAAAAGCAUAGGGGAUAUCUUGGAUAAGCACCAAGUAAUUGACUUUACCCCUGGCAUAUUUUAA